GGGCGAGAUUCACUUCCGCUCUUUUCAUUGGGAAAAAAGUCUUCCAAUGUACACCCGAAAGUCCGUUACCCAGACAUUGGGGCGUGGUACUCUGCAUGUUUGAUCUCUGUGUCUGUGAGAGAAUGAUGGCCAACAACGGUUUUCAAUGUUUACCGGAAGCUUGUAGGCCACGCUACCGUUUUCCUAACUCUAGAGCCAACUUAGUCUCUCCGCAUUAGCGCCUCUUGUGGCUGGGCGGCGCGAAGCAGCCGAGAGAAGGCAGGGAGCCGCCGAGGAGAUCAUGGCGACGAGGGCGGCUGCGGGCGGCUUCAGAACUGUGGAACCUUUGGAAUAUUACAGAAGAUUCUUAAAAGAAAACUGCCGACCUGAUGGAAGGGACCUUGGUGAAUUCCGAACCACAACUGUAAACAUAGGUUCAAUUACCACCGCAGAUGGCUCUGCCCUUGUGAAGCUAGGAAACACUACCGUGAUAUGUGGAAUAAAGGCGGAAUUUGCAGCACCCCCUAUUGAUUCCAGUAACAAGGGAUAUAUUGUUCCUAAUGUGGAUCUUCCUCCACUCUGUUCAUCAAGGUUUCGACAUGGACCACCAGGGGAAGAGGCUCAGGCAGCCAGUCAGUUUAUUGCAGAUGUAAUUGAAAAUUCACAGGUGGUACUGAAGGAAGAUCUGUGCAUUGUAGAGGAGAAGAUCGUUUGGGUUCUAUAUUGUGACAUUAUAUGCUUAGACUACGAUGGAAACCUUCUGGAUGCCUCUAUGUGUGCUUUCUUAGCAGCUUUAAGGAAUGUGCGCUUGCCGGCUGUUUCUAUAAAUGAAGAAACUGGUUUAGCAGAAGUUAACUUCAAGGAGAAAACUCCUUUAGCUAUUAAAAAGCAACCAGUGGCUGCAUCAUUUGUACUGCUUGAUACAUUAGUGAUAGUUGACCCAACAGCAGAAGAGGAAGACCUGGCAACUGGGAAUCUAACUAUUGUAACUGAUGAGGAAGGCAAACUGUGUUCUGUUUAUAAGCCAGGAGGAAAUGCAAUAACUGGCACAAAACUUCAAGACUGCAUCAGCAGGGCAACAGUACGGCACAAAGAAGUGAAGAGACUAAUGGAUAAAGUGAUCAAAAGUGUAAAAGCAACCUAAACAAAUGCAUCUCUUGAGUAAUUUGUAAAAGUGUAUUUGCUACAAUGCACAAAUGCCUUAUAUCAAAGACUACAUUUAUGAAGUUCUGUUAUUUCAAAAUAUCAUUCCACUUGAAAUAUGUACAAUACCGCCAAAGGGGCAGGCAGCUUCUUAAAACAUGACAGUUUCCUUACAGAAAAACAAUCUUAUUUGUUAGGAAGAAACUCCUGAGUUCUACAGGAUUUGUUGUGGCAAAAUGCAGUCCACAUGCUUAAGUGUAACCUCAAAAUUCAAUUUCACAAAAAAAAAAUAAUUAAAAAAUCAAAUGCAAUUUUUAGGGUUUGAGCAUUAUUGAAGUGCUCCUCUUUACUUUUUCACUGGCUGCCUGAAUGAUGCUGUUGUAGCUGCGCUGCUGCCGUAACCAUUUGAUGGUGCAAGAAUUGUAACUGCUGUCAGGAAGAAGGAAAAAAGAAAACAUAACAUGUUAGAGCUGAGUUUUUAUCUCAAGAAAUAAAUAAGACAUUGGACAGGUGAAAGGGCAGAAAUUUUCUAGUAUGUGAUGGCAAAGGUAACAAAUAUAUUCAAAAUUGAACUCAUGAUCUUGAAAAAUCAAGUUCUCAGUUUUCCUCAUGUAAGAAUGCCAAACUAGCAUAUGAGAUGUUAAGUAUAGUAAGUCCUCUCGCUAAGCAGAGGUGGGAAGCUAUAGUCUCACUGCUUUGGUUCAAAUAGAAGCCAUCUCCUUUUACAGGCCUAGCUUAUCCAAACCUAUUUCCUGAUAUCACCAUUGCAUUUACUUACACAUGGUACAGGCCAAAGACAUUUAAAUCUGGACAUUAAUAGGUGGCCUGUGAGCCACAGAGUUUGAAAUGUGACCAUAAACAGCACACAUAAUGGAAACCUAGUGGAAUGGAUAAAGCCAAUGGGAUAUGGUUAUCCCUGGAUACAAAUUACAGGAAGGCAUCUAUUGGGGGUAACACUAUAUGUCAAAGGGGUAGAUAGAGCAAGAGGGCAGAAUUCCCUCAGAUGAAAGUGGCUGGGUACUGCAUACUGCUGGUGGACAAGGCAAAAAAGGCUUGGCUUCCUCACUGCAGUGAGAAAAGUACCUGCAGGCAGGGUCACUGGGCAGCUGUUGGGGCUGCUGCUGCGGGCUUGCAACUGGCCCGGGCGCCUUUGGAGCCAGGCUCGCUCGCUCUCUUUCUAUUAUUAUCAGUGGAAAAAAAGUUAUGUUCCACCUUUCAGCAAUUUUCACUUUUCAGCGGAGGUCUGGAACCUAACCCGCCAUAUGAGUGGGGCCCUACUGUAUUCAUUAUACAGCUACGAGAGUGGCUGUAUACUAUAGCCAGGAUGGAUGUUUCACAUUCUGCCAUGUUAAAUUGAAAAUAACCCCCAUGCCAUCCUGCUGUUUCCCAUAAGCUUAUUUCAAAAUAAAAUCUUACAAAACUUAGACCUGAACUCAGAAACACUUCUUUAACAACGGAUACACAAGCCGAUACACAAAAAUCAGCCAUGUUCACAAAGUACCUGUAAUCCUAUUAUUGACCUUACACCACACUCUCAUUUUAAAUUAAUUAAAAUACCUGGCAAUUUUUAAUUAAUUUAAGAAAUUUAACAUUGGAGUCUAUGAUAGUGCAGGCAUGCUCAGUAAGAACUAAUUGUCAGUGUUCUAAGUCAGACUCAUGGCUGUUUGGCUUGGCUAAUCACGGGGCUACACCCGCACCAGACAUUUAUUCCACUUUAAAAAGUUGAUUAAAAACUACACGCUCACCAGGCGUCAAGUUUUUUAAAGCUGUUAUGCAAGUUUUGUAUACUAAUCCUGCAUUUAUUUAUUUGAUUUAUAUCCUGCCCUUCCUCCCAGUAGUUUUGGGUUACUAAUCCCUAAUUUCACUGCUUUUUAAUUCAGUGUGGUUCAACAAUCAGCCCCUCUUCUGGUGAUUGUAGCUGUACAAGGAUAAUAGGGUGUCUCCCAAAAACUCUCAGCAUCCUUCACAAACCACACUUCCCAAGAUUCUUUGGAAAGCCAUGACUGUUUAAAGUGGAAUAAAUGUUUGUUAAGGAUGUGCCCAAGGACAGCUUUGGUUUAAAUUUGGGUGGGAGACUAUAUGUGUCUGCUGCAGAAUAAAAAGGUGGGGAAAACCACAAAAAAUAAUACUAUUAACAAUGUCUUCCUUGUGGAAAGAAAGGGGGCUUUCCCUCUGCCGAGUGCUCACUCUCUCCCCCAGGUCAGUUUCACUUAUAAGUAUGAUUACACAAGAGUAAAUCCCACUGAACUCAGCAAGUGUGCAAAUGACCAACCUACCCUACCCUCCUGCCCCUCUCCUCUCCUUCCGUGCACCUCCUAAGCUUGUCCUAAGUUUCACCUAUCCUAAGCUUGAUUGCAGGUGAGUAAAUCUGAUAAGCCUGCAAAUGAUCAAUCCAUUCUCAGCAAACUUGCACAGGAUCCCAUUUCUUACCUUCCAGAUUAAAAAGCAGAGAAAUUUACUAAUAGGCAAAAAGGCCUUGCAGUUUAAGAACAUACCUAUAGCUGACUGAUAUUUCUACCAAACUUUAAAAAGCAGAGAAAUUGGGCAGCUAUAGCGAAUGCACCAGGGGAGCAGGAAACCUGACCUCCUCUCUGAGAUAUUGUAUUGCCCUACAAAUUUGUAAAAAUGCAAACACAAUUGGGUUGGUCUUUCACAGUCCAAUCCACUUCCUGUAUUGUUGUUAUGUACCUUCAAGUGGAUUACGACUUAUGGCGACCGUAUGAAUCAGCGACCUCCAAGAGCAUCUGUCACGAGCCACCCUGUUCAGAUCUUGUAAGUUCAGGUCUGUGGCUUCCUUUAUGGAAUCAAUCCAUCUCUUGCUUGGCCUUCCUCUUUUUCUACUUCGUUUUUCCCAGCAUUAUUAUCUUUUCUAGCGAAUCAUGUCUUCUCACUAGGUGUCCAAAGUAUGAUAAUGAGUUGAUUUUUCUCUUAUCUGCUUUUUUUGCUGUCCAACUUUCAUAUUCAUACAUAGAUGUUCCUGUGUAGCUUGGAAGAAUUUGGUAAUGUGUCUCUGAGCAUAUGGUCACACCUACAAUCAUGACUGCAUCUCUAAAGAUGGAGAACUACCGUUUUUUGUAUGUUUGUUGGUGUUCUUCUUACUUUGCUUCUUUCCUGUGUUACUAAUGUUUCUACAGAGAAUCUAACGUAGAAAAUUGUAUUUCUCUCAUUCAACCUAGAAAUAUGUGUCAAAUUUAUUUUUAUUAAUUUCAUAGUCUUUUUACUGGUCAAUGUCGUAUGAUGCUGAAGAUAGCCUCUUAUGUUUCAAAUUGGAGGUUAUAUUCUAUUUCUAUUUUGAGUGAAUUAACAGUGGAAUCUCAAACUGCAGAUUGAUGUAAAAGUCUGAUUACAAUAUGUUGCUACUUAAGUCAUAAAUUUAGCUGCUGGAAAAAAACAAACUUGGCCUGCCUAAGAUGCAUGUGUUCAGCCUAAUAUGCUUAAACCACUCCACAUAAGGAAGGGUGGGCAUGAUCAAUUAAAAACGUAGAGCACACCUAGAAAUUUGCUAGAAUAUACUUCACCUCCCAUUGUUUCAUCUUGUGCAAACUGAGACACUCCUCAUGUCUACUGGAGACAAUUCGCAGAAUUGUCAGUGCCAUUAUUCCACAAUUGUUGCUGGAUUUUUUUUUAGUGUAAAUUAUGUAAAGUGUAGCUAGACUUCACAUAUUCACAGAAACUAGGAGGAAUGGUGGGAUAUAAAUCAAAUAAGAAAAAUAUUUAGUAUAGAAAAGUUCACUGAAAUUGCAAAUUAAAUCAAACAUUUAAAGUGACUAUCUGCACUAUAUCAAUUGUUGCUUCCUCCCUGCUAAAACAAGAUCAGUACAGCACAUGCCUUGUUUCUGUUAUUUGGACUAAUUGCAGGUGUUGCCACCACUUACCAUAUGCUCAGAGGUGCAUAUUACCAAACUGUGUUUGCAUUUUUACAAAUUUGUAGGGCAGUACAGUAUCUCAGAAGAGUGCAGUUCUCCUGCUCCCCUGGUGCAUUCACUAUAGCUACCCAAUUUUCCUGCUCCUGUCUCACUGCCUAUCUCAGAGCCAUGCCCUGCACAAUCCACAUGGUGACCAGAGUUUGACUGCUAUGGGGGGGAAAGCCAUUGUACCCCUUGGCUUUUCUGUUGUUAAGAAACAAAUCUGCAGCAAAACACCCCUGUGAGGAUGCUUCCUGAAGACACGUACCUGCUCCCUGAGGCUGCAUGAAGUUCCCUACUCCAGUCAGGUUAACUACAGGAGGUUGCUGAGCAGAUAAGGCCUGGUCUUGAUUUAUGGAGACUUGAUCAGAACCCUGACAAAAUAACAAAAAUAUAAUACUCACUGAACUUGGAAGUAACACUUGGCACUGGAAGAUGCUCUUAAGUAAGAACAGCUUGAUAUAUCAUGCCAAUGGUCCAUCUAGUCCAGCAUCCUGUUCUCACAGUGGCCACCAAAUAUCUAUGGGAAGCCCAAAAGCAGGACCUGAGCCCAACAGCAUUUAAUUUCCCGUGGGGGGGGGAGGGGACACACAACUACCUAUAAUUAGAUUUCAAGAACUAUUUGUAUAAAACCUUUUUGAAACGACUGAGUAAUUUUCAAAGUGGCUCUUGGGCUGAUGCAGAAAUAAUGGUGGUUUUCUGCAAGCCAUGAUAUGCAAAUUAGAAGUCCAUCUCUGGACAGUGAACUCCUCCCUUUUUCUCUGCAAUGAUUUCCCCCAACCCCCUUUUCAGCAGUACAGUAUUAACUUUCACUUUACAUGUGCACUGAUGGAAACCACUGGUUACACUAAGCCCUGAUUACUCAUGACCAUGGUUUGUGAACUUCAAAUUGUUGUUUCAGUUGCUGGAUUAUGAGGGAUCCUUGUUGGGCGAAACAUUGUUUGCAAUGGACCAUGCAUAAUAGGAAACUGGGAAGUGGAGGGGGAGACCCCCCCCAUUGACUCUCAAAUUGCAAACCAUGGUUUGCAUGAAGUCAGUGUUGUCUUGCAGUCAAUAUCCAUGGGCUAUGAGGAUGUUAUCUAAUUUUCCUGUUUAAAGCAAGCCUCUAAAAUAAAAGGAUGGGAUCACGAACACUUCUAAAAUAUUACUCACAGGUAAAGUUUUGAGUGGCUACCUACAUGAAGUACCAACUCCAAAACCCAUAUUCUAGGGAGUGCAACUAUCUCAAGAAUAUCACUGCCAAAGUAGCAAUUUUAACUUAUAUCUGUAUCAAUAAAAUAUUUCUCUUUUGCCUGAAUCUUAAACCUCUGCAAUCAGCUUUCUUGUUAGCAGAAAUAGAGCUAUCACAUGUAAACAAAUCCCUUCCAGAGGCUUCCCGCUCACGUGGCUGGAUAAGGCCACUUUCCAUUAACCCCAAUUAAUUUGUUUGAUUUUAUAAGGAGGAAUUACCUUCUAAUGCUCCAUCAAACAAUCUUUUAUGUGAUACACAAACCCUUACUAGCAUUCCUUAGCCUUGUGGGCUUGAGAUACAUUCACUAUUCUAAACAUGUUGAAAAAUGCAUGCAGUGCAUCUGUUGCCAAUGGGCAUAUGGGAGUCAAGAAACAUUCACAGCCGCUGUCACAUUCCAUGUGGGAAUAUGAUGGCAAAUAAGGAGUGAACCUCAAUGUAUGGCAUAAUGCUGGCAGUACUUAUGUGGCUGUCUGCUUACCAACAUCAUGCCAAAUAAUGCCUGUAACAAUAUAUUUUUAUUGAGUUGUAUCCAGUGAAGUCACCCCAUUAGUACAAAGACUUCUGCCUGUGCAAUGGGAUUUUCUCUCUCUCUCUCCCCCCUACCUACAUGCCCCCCUCCAAUCUGUUCUGGAGUUCCUCCAACACUCUGGAACAUAUUUGAGAAGGUACAGGGGGCACAUAGGAAGAAGAGAGGAAGAGUACUGGAUGCAACCCAUCAAUUAGAGAUUCACUUCUGAACUUAGUUGCACUAACAAAAUGCUGGAAAUUAGUUUGCUGGAUUAACAGUUUUUUCAAUUAUACAAAGCAUAUUAUAUAAUACAAAGGCAUGGAUAACGAUUAGUUUUGGCAACAUCACUACUUCUAACUACUCCUGAAUUUCCUCAUUCCCUCUCUUACUUGAGAGUGGCAAGCAUGUAGUAUAACUCAUUCGCCAUCCCUCUCUUCAAACUACUGCACCCACAUAUUUAUGUAUAAUGUGGCAGGAGAAGCACAUACCACCUUUUCAGUGGUGGCUCCCUAUUUGUGAAAUGCCCUCCCCAGUGAAGUGUGUCUGUCUUCCUCAUUAUUGAUUUUCAGGAGGAGUUAAAAAAAACAUUCUGGUUUACCCAGGAAUUUGAUGGCUGUUCCUAGCAACCCAGAGAUCACUAGAUAGAAGAAUAUUUUUAUCUGUAACUGUUUUUAGAUUGCUUGUUGUUGUUUGCCUCAGUAUAAAGCAGCUUUAUCAACUCCUCUUUCAUGAGGUCAAUUCUUUUGAUUUUGACAGCUAUAAUUCAGUUUGCAGCUACAAAUAAUCAACCAUCUCUCCCUACUCUAUUGUAAGGUGGACCAAUAGUGAAUACUUAUUCCCAAAGGUUCUAUGUUUUGAUAGCAUUGUUUGCAACAGGUAUACCAUACCUGGUCUCCCUGUUGUUGAGGACUAGGCUGUUGUGAUGAAAAGUGGGACAACUGCUGCUAUUCAGGUUUAAAGACAAGAGACAUAAGUCAGGUUGCACCAUUCUCCUGUGAUGAGCACAAACCAAAGCAGAGAUUAAAUGUUGUAUUCUUUGCAAAUUUAAUUUGUGGUUUCACAACAUUUUUAAAAGGCCAGUCAGCAUAGAGCAUUAGAGAUGUCAGUGUAAAAGUAUCUGCUACACUGGCACCCCUCCCCAAUUUCAAGAAAAUCUAGGAGAUUCUGACAUGGUGCAUCAAAUUCACAUCUGGGAAAGAAGCCAAAACCAAUGAAAACAAACAGGUCCUACAGCAAAUUGUAUUUUGCAGCCACAAAGCAAUGUUCAACCCAUCCACCUGAUCACUAUCAGUCCACAACUCAUUCUACUCAUUUGGUCAGAACUGUAUGUUCAGUUUAGGCCUAGGAGCCUGAGUCUCUGUAAACAGCCACAAAAUUUGCACUUACACUAGCUUGCCGAAUUUCCCCUGCAACUCCCUCCCCCUAUUCACUUUUCCUUAUAGAAUAAGAAUUAUGUGUCCAGCAUCCCAGCUGGAGGGAAAGCAGCUGGACAGAGGUGACUGCAAGAGAAGGGUAGCAGAGGGAGGAAGUGUACCCCUAGGUACUCCUAAGUCCCAUCUUCCUGCUUUGUAACUUUUGGGCGAACUGGAUUCCAAGACCAGGUUUUCACUGAAUACGAGUUUCUAACUUUGAUGUCCUCUUCUCAGUGCUUGAUGUGGUAAGGCAUUCUUAUCCAUUAUUUUCAUAUUAAGAUUCCUUUCUUAUGUCAAGAGACACAGAUAUCAUCUGUAUAUGUGAAAUUUAAAUAA